AUGGCAGAUGUCCGUGGCAUGUCGCGCCCAGUGUUCCGCAAGCCCAUGUCACAUAACACAAUCACCGAGCUAGCGGAGGGAUACCGCGUUCUAAGCAGCGGUGAGAAGAAGGUGUCCAUCCCACGGAAGGAUAUAUUCAACAUGAUGCAGAACGUUGGCUUGCACAUGACGGAGGAGGAGUUCCAGGAGACCAUGCGCGUGGUCGGGCAGGGUGAGCAGCAGAGCGCGGAUGAGUUUACCUUCUGCGACUUCUUGCUGCUCAUGACGCGUGAGGUAGACGACGGCAUGGUGGAGGAGCUCCGCACCGCGUUCUAUCACUUUGACAAGCAGCGUACUGGCUUCGUGACGCGGAAGCAGUUCAUGGAGAUGUUCGCCAUGUUCGGGGAACUAUCAUCGCCAGAGGAAUUAGAGGAGCUCCUGACUAUAGCAGAGCAGGACGAGAAGGAAGAAAAGAUCGACUACAACCGAUUUGUGAAUGAGCUGGCUUUUCGGCUAAACUGUAUGUAG